GCCUGGAUGGACUGUGCUACUGCGAUGAAGGACCACGACGAAGCGAUGGUGCAGGGCUGGAAGGAGGAGAUUGACACCCACUUGGUUUUCGCUGGUCUGUUUUCAGCUAUCUUGACGGCUUUUAACGUUGAAGCGUACCAGAUGCUGCUGCCAGACGACGACACCUCCAGUUCCACAUCGUCAACCAACGAGCUCCUUCGGCUAAUAGCGAUAAACAUGGCGCAGACGAAUGGUCUGAUUUCUGAAGUCCUCUCCUCAGGCAACACCGGUAGCGGCGGCAACAACAACUGGGCUGGCUCGUUUGCGGUGGUAAUCAACGCACUCUGGUUCUGCAGCCUCAUUUGUAGUCUUGCGGCGGCGUCGAUUAGCAUCCUCAUCAAGCAAUGGCUGAACCAGUACACGUCAGGCAUCGCCAGCGUCUCCCCCGAAAUCGCGCGCAUCCGGCAGUUCCGCUACGACAGCCUCAAGAAGUGGCGGGUAGCAGAGCUGAUGAUGCUCCUGCCUGUCCUCCUCCAAAGCGCCGUUGUCCUCUUCCUCCUGGGGCUCAUUCUCUUCCUCUCGCAGCUCAACAAACAGAUCACCAUCGCUGCGAGCACUCUUAUUGUCUUGCUCCUGGCAUUCUUGUUUGUUACUGCCAUCCUCCCUACCUUCAUCUCCGACUGCCCCUACCAGUCCCCUCAGGCAUGGGGUGUAUUCGUUGUUGUCCAGGCAUUCAAGAGGCCAGUCCGCAGCAUCGCACGCUCGCUGGAGAUGUACGCCUCGCGCCAACUCAAGCGCAUCAUGGUCGAAUCCAAGGGCUCCCUUCUCGACCAGCACCUCCUCAUCGGCGCCGACAUCACUUUCCUCGACGACACCUUUCUGAGGGACGUGAUCCGACCCUGUCUGUGCGCGAUGCCGGCGAAGGCCGCGGCGGACUGCUACGCGAACAUCAUGUCCCAUCGCGCCGACCACGUCGCGGCGAGCGGCGUCGUCUACUUCGACAACCACGCGCGGCUCGAAUCCGCGGUCGUGCUCACGGACAUCACGCUCGACAUCCUACAGAAGCUGCACGAGGAAUCGGACACGGCCGUCGACCAGCACCUGACGCUGAGCGUGCUCCAGACGCUCGAGCCGUUGCUCAUCCGCGCGCUCCCGAUGACGUACCCACACGUCUGCCGCGUGCUCAUCGGUCUUCUCGACGACGACGACAAGACGGUACGGCAGCUCGCGUUCCAGAUCUUGUACCAGCAUCUGUCGCGAAACGCCCAGCUCGCGGCGCAGUACGCCUCCACCGGCUGCCACGGUGCGUCCAUCUCUCUGCGCGUGCGCUCAUCUGCGCCCUUGUUCUGA